AUGGCCAACCCGCGGCGGAGCAUUGAGCUGGAGCAUUUCGAGGAGCGAGACAAAAGGCAGCAGCGCUCGAGCUCCCGCCGGGGAGGGGGCAGCUCCACUUGUAGCAGCAGCUCGGGGCCCAAAGGCAACGGGCUCAUCCCCAGCCCCGCGCACAGCGCCCACUGCAGCUUCUACCGCACGCGCACCCUCCAGGCCCUCAGCUCGGAGAAGAAAGCCAAAAAGGCGCGCUUCUACCGCAACGGGGACAAGUACUUCAAGGGCUUGGUCUACCCCAUUUCCAGCGACCGCUUCCGCUCCUUCGACGCCCUGCUGGUCGAGCUCACCAGGUCCCUGUCCGACAACGUCAACCUGCCCCAGGGCGUCCGGGCCAUCUACAGCAUCGAUGGCAGCCGAAAGCUCUCCAGCCUCGACGAACUGGUGGAUGGUGAAAGUUAUGUAUGCGCUUCCAAUGAGCCAUUUCGGAAAGUUGAUUACAUUAAGAAUGUUAAUCCAAAUUGGUCUGUCAACAUAAAAUCUGGGUCAUCUCGAUCCUUCACGUCCUUAAUAUCUGCAAAAAGUGAAAUAAAGGAGAGCAAAGACUUCAUUAAACCUAAACUGGUAACUGUUAUACGCAGUGGAGUGAAGCCACGAAAAGCUGUGAGAAUUUUGUUGAAUAAAAAAACUGCUCAUUCCUUUGACCAAGUGUUGACUGAUAUAACAGAAGCUAUUAAGUUAGAUUCAGGCAUUGUCAAGAGAAUUUGCACAUUGGAUGGAAAACAGGUUACCUGUUUACAAGACUUUUUUGGUGACGAUGAUGUUUUUAUUGCCUGUGGACCUGAAAAAUACCGUUAUGCUCAAGAUGAUUUUGUUCUGGACCAUAGUGAAUGCCGUGUUAUGAAAUCAUCUUAUUCCCGUGCAUCUGGAACAACAAGGUAUUCUGGAUCUAAAAGUCCUGGGCCUUCACGUCGAAGCAAGUCUCCAGCUUCAGUAAAGAGGGGUGGCCACUACUCCAGUACAUGCUCUUCAGCAAAAUCCCCAGUCAGUGGAGCCCCCAGCAGCCAGAUUUCUACUCCUAAAUCAACAAAAUCAUCUGGUUCCUCACCAACUAGUCCUGGAAGUUUUCGAGGACUCAAGAUUCUCCCUCCUUGUGAAUCUUCUUCUAAUGUAAAUGGUGUGCCUGAAAUAUCUCCUUACCUGAGUCCUGAAGGCAUAAAUGGAAACAAGUACUCUGAGACAUCCACCAUUCUUGAAAAGUACAAAGUGGGAAAGGUGAUUGGUGAUGGUAAUUUUGCUGUGGUAAAGGAAUGCAUAGAACGAUCCACCAGAAAGGAAUUUGCCCUGAAGAUUAUUGACAAAGGAAAAUGUUGUGGAAAGGAACACUUGAUUGAAAAUGAAGUGUCAAUUCUACGCCGAGUGAAACAUCCCAAUAUUAUUAUGCUAGUAGAGGAAAUGGAUACUGCAACUGAGCUGUAUUUGGUGAUGGAAUUGGUCAAGGGAGGAGAUCUUUUUGAUGCUAUUACAUCUUCAACAAAAUACACAGAGCGUGAUGGAAGUGCCAUGGUCUACAAUCUAUCCAGUGCACUGAAAUAUCUUCAUGGUCUCAGUAUUGUCCACAGAGACAUCAAACCUGAGAAUCUUCUGGUCUGUGAAUAUCCAGAUGGGACAAAAUCCUUGAAGCUAGGAGACUUUGGAUUAGCCACCGUAGUUGAAGGACCUCUUUAUACAGUCUGUGGCACACCAACCUACGUGGCUCCAGAAAUCAUUGCAGAAACAGGUUAUGGCUUAAAGGUGGACAUUUGGGCUGCAGGUGUCAUUACAUACAUACUCUUAUGUGGGUUUCCACCAUUUCGUAGUGAGAACAAUAUUCAAGAGGAUCUUUUUGAUCAGAUCUUAAUUGGAAAGCUAGAAUUUCCUUCUCCGUAUUGGGAUAACAUCACUGACUCUGCUAAGGAAUUAAUUAGUCUUAUGUUACAAGUAAAUGUGGAAGAACGAUAUACAGCUGCUCAGAUAUUAAACCAUCCCUGGGUAUCAGAUGAUGCCUCUCAAGAAAAUAAUAUGCAAGCUGAAGUGACAGGUAAAUUAAAGCAGCACUUUAACAACACACUUCCCAAACAGAAUAACCAAAACGCAGGAGUGUCUAUUAUCAUGAACACGGCUCUAGAUAAAGAAAAUCAGAUAUUUUGCAACAAGCGCUGUCAAAUCCCAGGUCAAGCUGAUGUGAAGUAAAUCACCAAGAUAAAUCCUGCUCCUCAGCCUUCUACAACUGAUUACAAGUUGUCUUCUCUUGCUGCUUCUCAGCUACUCAGACUUUCUUCCUACCUUGAAUCAGCAUGUCAUGAGCCUGCAGGAUUAAUUUAAGAGAAGUUCUAAUGAAAUCCACAGCUAGGUCAGCUUCUGCUCUCUUACCCUUGCUACUGUAUUUUUUUCAUAUGUCUAAAAGGGAUGCAGGUUGUAUGUACAGUAGAUUUUAAUACUCUACCUAUUACAUUUGGGAAUUCUUAUGUUUUUAAAUGAAUUUGUGUUCAGUAUAAUUUCAAACAUACAAAUGAAUUUAUCUUCUCAUACUUGGAUAUACAAACUUUAAAUAGGUAUAACUAUUAAGGAGCCUCAUCCAACAAAGUCUAGAUUUUUCUAAAAGAAAUGCUAGACUAAAAGGUAGCGGAACUCAUUUCUUUAAUUUAAAAAUGCAGAUCUAAAAUGGUCCUGGAGAGAAGCAACAUUAUUCCCAGUGGCAAUUUGUACUAUAUUGAAAGUCAAGUUGUGGAGGUUUCAAUAAUGGUGUGAAUGGAUAGCACACUUAUUUUUGACAUAAAACUUUUUGAUUAAGUAGCAUCAAGUUGGUGUUGACUCUAAGUGAUCACAUAGAUAAGAAACAUAAAUUUAAACCUUGUGGAAUUUAAUAUAGAAUAACUCAAUCAUUGACAAUCAUUUUGCAACCAACUCCAUUUAUGAAUGAGUGUGAGUGUUUUGAAGAUUAGUAAAGAUUUUGCAGGUUGUUUCCUG